AUGAGCUCGAGCAUUUCUUCCGCGACUCUGAAUUUCUCACGCGACAGCGCGCGCCGCAUGGUGCGUCAGUUGCACAACCACGUCGCGGAACAGCGGCAGGCUGUCAUGGAGUGCCGCAGCCGUGCCGAGGCCAUGUCCGCCAGCAGCAUCACGCGCGACCGUCGUGUCGACAAGGCGGAACAGCCAUCACUAUUGUGCUUUGCUAAGGUGGCGUCGGAGAAGGAUGUGCAGCAGAACUUCAUUCCAGAUAUGCCGCUCAGCGGCAUUUCCGUUGCUGUCUCAGACGCGCUAGACGUUCAGGAGUUUUACCCCCACGCCGGGCUUUACACACCGAUGUCCAGUCACGCCGCACACGCCGAGUUCCCGCUGAUCCCCUGGCUACGCUGCCAGGGUGCACAGUUCGUCGGCAAGCUGAGCUGUUGCACCCCCUUUGGACUGAGCGAGGGCACUGUCUUUGGCCCUGAGAAGCCGGCGUCUGUCGCUGUUACGGAGAACGCGUGCGACUAUGUCAUCAGCUGCUCGCUGAACGGGCCUCCCUCGGUGUUAUGCGCUGUGCAUCACGACAUGGUCGGCUUCAAGCCCACCUCACAGACAUUCGGCACAUUCACAGAGCAGUUUGAGCUGACAAUACCGUCCAUGACGGUCGGACUGUCGGCGCGUCGUAUGGAUGAUUUGAUGUACCUCUGGCAGCUCUACACCGGCUCGAUUGACCCCGAGGAGUACUUGGAGUCCUCAGCGAAGCAGACGCAGUCUAGCACCUCCCCUACUGUGGGGAGCACAGGCGCUUCUUCACCACCCUCUGCGCCGACGGACAGGGACGCAUCGUCGCCCCCGGUCACUACUGGCGAGCUCAAGGACGGACACAGCGUUGCAAGCGCCGCUGGGGAUGCGCCGCCAUUCCACGCCCCGAGCACUACCGUGACGCCUCAUGGUGGUGGCCCCAGUCACCAGCAGGCCUCCGAUCCAGCAGCGCGUCUAGUGCAGUCCAUCAGCAGGUGGUGGAGAGGCCAGACAGCGCCGGAGGUGAAGCACCCGGAUGACAUGCCAAAGUGCCCUCGUCCUGAAAUCCCCGACCACAACCCGCACAACUACACGGUGCGCGACCGCUACGGCCGCAUCGCUGACAUCGACGUUGGCUGGAGUGACUACAACGCCGAGGCAGCCAUGGCGGACGACUUCAAUCAACCAUCGCGGCCAGGUUUUCUUCGGCGGCUCUUCACCGGGUCCCAGGAAUACGAGAGGCCGCAGGUUGAGCUCGCUGUUGGUUACCCAGCCGAGUGGAUUGACCAAUACUGUAGAGGCAAGUAUACGUCGUCGGCGGAGUUCCACCAGCGCCUCACGGACGCCGUGCGCAUGCACAGCGCACUGCACUACAAUCAAAAACUCGAGAUUGUGCCGCUGGCCUUCGACUUCUCCCUGGAGGAUGUGAUGGAGGCGGUGACGAUCAUCUCACAUUAUCAACUUGCCAGAGCGUUCGAGCGAGUACUUGCGCCGGCGACGGCGUCUGCUCAAGGCAACGAGGACGCGAAGAGCGGUGAGGAUAAUGGGCAGAGUGGCAAGAACGAUGACAACUCAACCGUGUUCUCCCCAGAGAAGGAGCAGCAGCUCUCUGUUGUGCCUGACAUGGAGUCGAUCAAGCUUAGCAGUCACAACGCUCCGGCAACAAACUGGCAGAACACGUUCGAGGGACUACCUGGUGUCCGGGGGGAGUUGCCAGCGUCUCUAAUAGAUUCCAUUCAGGCUGGCCAGAAGCUUUCCAUCCGCGACUACCAUCACGCUCUGCGCGUCCGCGAUGACGUAGUGCGUUCCACCGAAGAGCAGUUCAUAGAUGUGGACUGCUUUAUUACACCGCUGCUGUCUGACCCAUAUACGAGCGGAGACGUGCGCAGCGUGCGGCCCACGUUAUCGUUUCAGCUUGCCGGCAACCCCAUUCUCUCCGUACAGGUGGACCCGCAGACGCCCGUGGCGCUGGUCGGCGAACUCGGUCGUGAUGCCGCGCUCAUGGAGGAUGCGUUUUGCUUCCUACAGUUUGUACGUGGUGCAUCCCCGUUGCAGUCCCGCCAGUGA